AUGUCGGCCAAGACAGUCACUCGUUCUUUGCUAUGUCUAUCCGCUGUAGCUUCAGCGCUCCCAGUGUUCAAUCCCGCUGCGCAGGCUGGGGCGGACGCCAUUAAUGGUUUUCCCCCUACUUCGUUCAAUCAAUUCACCCCUUCUUCCUUUUCACCGGCCACCUCUUUGAAGGAGAGCGGGAGCCCGUUUGUUGUUGAUAAGAGCGAGGCCAACUCGCUUCUUAGUCUGCUUCCUGGACAAAACUCUCCAUUCAACGGCGAAGGCAGCAUAGUGAACAGCGAGUCAACCCAAUCUGAAGAGUCAGGAUUCUUUGGUGGACUGAUCACCAAACGCGAGGAACAAGAAACCGACGAAGGUGCACUCGACUUGAACCUCCUCGAUGAUGACGAUGAUGACGAGGAAUUCCUGUUGGAUGACGAGCAGGACAACGGAUACGGCUCAAUUAUUCCAGGCGCACCGGGCACACCAGUCAACCCAGCUGCUCAGGCUGCCGCGGACGCCAUAUCGGGCAACGCUGCUGGCAUGACUGGGACGUUGGUAAACCCAGCUGCUCAGGCUGCAGCAGACGCUAUCUCGGGCGACUAUGUUGACACUCCCUUGACAUAUGGCCCUGAUGGUGUGCCAGUCUCACCACCUAUGGCACCAACCUACCCCCAAGGAUAUGGAAGUGGUGUCCCUCCUGCUGACCCUGUGAUGCCACCGACGAAGCCAGCAGGCUACGGCAGCGGUAUGCCUCCUGUUGACCCUGUGAUGCCACCAACGAAGCCACAAGGCUACGGCGGUAGCGUGCCCCCUCCCGGACCGCCUCCACAGCCAUCGAUGCCACCGAAGUCGCCAGUCUCCCCGCCUCCUAUGACACCGCCAACCUACGGCAUGCCACCGGCUGACCCUGUGAUGCCACCAACGAAGCCGCAAGGAUACGGCGGUGUGCCUCCUCCUGGCCCUCCUCAGCCAUCGAUGCCACCAAAGUCGCCUGUGUCACCGCCUCCUAUGACACCGCCAACCUACGGUAUGCCACCGGCUGACCCUGUGAUGCCACCCACUAAGCCUCCUGGAUACGGUGGCAGCGUGCCUCCUCCCGGACCGCCUCCUCAGCCAUCGAUGCCACCGAAGUCGCCAGUCUCCCCGCCUCCUACGACACCACCAACCUACGGCAUGCCUCCUGCUGACCCUGUGAUGCCACCCACCAAGCCAACUGGAUACGGCAGCGGCAUGCCACCGGCUGAUCCUGUAAUGCCACCCACUAAGCCUCCUGGAUACGGUGGCAGC